GCUUCUGAAACCAUAAUGGCUUCUUAAUUGAUUGUUUUCCUGAAGUUUGUUGGCAAAAAAAAUCUAAACACACAUUUAAAUCUAGACUGAUGAGUCGCCCUUCUUCUGUCGCCAUGUUCCAUGGACAAAAUCUGAACAUAUGGAAGCAUUCAUCGGCUGCUGAUCUUAACUGGGGACGGAGCUGUAUUAAAAGGAGGCUGAUUGACGGGCUGUUUGGCCUCCAGCGGAGAGGGAUUGUUGUCUGGCUGUGGGACGAGGUUAGAGGUCACAGUCCAGAGAGCCCGAGACAGAAACCAGAUCACAACAGAAGGCCAAUUAUCAUGCAUUGUUGCUGGGCUCCUGCUGGGACUCUGCCUUCACUCUCACCAGCAGGUCACAGUGAAAGAUCUGGACCUCCAGCGUGUAAAACCUGAGUCUCUGGAAUAAGGUGGGCAAGUGCUGAAGUCGCGCAACGAAGACAAGACAGGAUGAGCGAGAGAGGCCCCGGCAGAGGAGGAAAAUAGAGAGGGAAGAAGAAAAAAAACGUGGCAGAGCAAGAGAGGAACGCCAAAGAGAAUCUCUGGGAUAAAUAAAUAAAAAGAUUUGUUUGGAGAAAAGGCAAGCUAGAUGAAAAGAUGAAGCCGAUAAAAAAGCAGGGCCGGCGCUCUCCUCCCUCCACCCGGGCCAAAGGGGGGAAGCGCCGUGGAGCGGGGGAUGCCCCAGAAGGAGGGGAGAAGAGAGACUCAGAUGAGAACAGAGACAGAAGCAGAUCCCCACAAAACCGUACACCCUCCUCAUCUUAUUCAUCUAAUUCACACUCAGAAUCCUCGCAGGUAGAUCCAAUCAGAGCACGAGACACUUCAGAAGGGGAAGGGCUUCACAGAGAAGGGCUCUCAGAGGCGACAGUGUCACUUGUGAUGGAUUCUGGGAAAGUGUUGACAUCCUCGGAUGAUAGAUCAGGGAGGUCAGCUGUGAGCAGCCACAGUGACAGCGGUGGGAGCAGUUGUAGUAACAGCAGUACGCCAAGCGCCAACAACAGCCCGAACCCCGCCUCCAGCCGAAAAACAGCCACCUUCAAGGCCCGCGUUCCUAAGAAGAAAUACACCUCCGAACACUGCUCGUCAUCUAUCACUGGUAACCAUAGCAACCCUUCCACCAGCACGCCUCCUCCUCUUCCUCUCAGUGGUGGGGUCAUCAACCACGGGUCAACGGGUUCAGGAAGUGACAUCUGUGUCUCGCACCGUGAUGGCAACAGUCAGAGUCGGAGCCUGAUGGACGACUUCCAAAACAGGACGACUGGCAGGGAGGGGCCUAGGGAUAGCUCCCCAGGACCCCCUAUCCUGACUCUGGGAGGGGACAGGGAAAGGCCUGGAAGAGGUGAAGGGCUGAGAGAUGCCGAGCGAGUGUCGCCCAGCCCCCUGCCCCGCUGCUCCUCAACAGACACCGCCAGUGAGCACUCAGCUGACCUGGAGGUAGUCAGCGACACACAUCCCCUCACACAGAUGUCUACACAUGGACCACCCAGUCUCUCUGAUGCGCUGUCUGACGCUCUUGCCAAAGGGCUGAAGAAUCAGCGAGUUCUUGCCCGCCAGCUCAGGAGAAGAAUUGAUGAGGAGGGAGGCAGCGAAAGGAGGGAUGAAGGUGGGAGUUCAGACUUGGUGUUCCGGGCUGGAGUGGUCCGUAAAGUCAGCGGUGAGUUUGGAAGCCUGGAGGUCCAACUGAAUGGGGAGAAGACACUGUGGCGUUAUCCGUAUCGACAUGACAGUCCCCCAGGGGUGGUGGACAUUAUCCUGGAUGCCCCGCCGCCUGGGGUCCAUCAAAUACCUAUUGGAACCCGAGUCUGUGUACCAUUUGGUAAUGAGGAGGGCAGCGAGGGCCAAUGGCAGUGGUACAGAGAAGGUGUGGUGAACCAGGUGGACACACACCCUGCGGUGGCCAACCGCUACCGAGUCCUGCUGUCUGAGGAAAGAUCUCACUCUAUGGAUGAGGAAGAGAAUGGUAGAGGGGCAGCUGGCCCCACCCAGGCAGUGUGGGUCUCCCGACAAACACUCCGGCUUCUGGUGCCGCCAUGGGACCUGGAUCUGCCGUCUGGAGGAGGGCGAGAUGGAGAUGAGGGGCUCAGAGAUAAGGAAAGGGAACGGGAGGACAGGGAAGAGAUUGAUGUGGAGCAGGAGGUUUGUCGCUUGAGCCGGGGGAUGGUACCUGGUGUGGGGUCAGUGAUGGGGAGAGGAAUCCCCUAUCCAGGCAUGGUCCCUGUUUCCUCAACAUCAGGCCACAUUACUUCCCCGGUAACUCCUGCAUCAGUCCUCAGCAUUGCUCCAGGCCGAGAGUGGGAAAUUGAGAAAGACUUGGAGAGAGAGAGGGACCUCCAGAGAAAACAGGAUAGAGAGAGGGAAAGAGAGCGAGAAAGGGAGAACAGUGCAAAGCAGCAUCAACCACAGCAGCACCACCCAUACAUGCCACUCACCCCCGAAGAAGACAUGGAGGUGUCCCACUUUAACAUGGUCCCAGUGGGGGCAAUCAUACCUGGGGCCAAAACAAUGGCAGUUCCCCAACACCGCCACAUUGUCUCUAAGCCCCCACCUGGCUACCUCAAUCCCCACCUGUCUGUGGUGCGGGGCAUCGGGAUCCCCCCUGCACACAUGGCCUUGAACCCCCACCCCCCUCCUUCACCUGUCCUGUUAGGCCUUGACCCAGCAACAGCAGCAGCUGCAGCAGCUGGUGCUGUCAUUACCACAUCCCAGCUCCCUCCACUCCCUCCCAUCUCCUCUUCCACCACAUCCUCCUCCAGAUUAGAGAAGGCCUCAGGAGGAGGUUCUUCCAGUGGAGCAGGUGGUGGUGGCUCCGGAUCAGGUUCGACUUCCUCCUCCUCCUCACGUUCCCGCACCCCACUGACUGCUGCCCAGCAAAAGUACAAGAAGGGAGAUGUGGUCUGUACGCCAACAGGCAUACGUAAGAAGUUCAAUGGGAAGCAGUGGAGGAGGCUGUGCUCCAGAGAGGGCUGCUCUAAAGAGUCACAGCGCCGAGGAUACUGCUCCAGACACCUCUCAAUGAGGACCAAGGAGAUGGAAGCCAGUGGAGGCGGACGGGAACGGGGUGGAGCCAGCAGCACAGGGACCCUCACGCCAUCGGAUCUGCGACUGAGUGGUGGGAGAGCCAGCUCAGACUAUGACUGGGACGAGACAUCACGGGAAAGCAGCGAGGCCAGCAGCCGUGGAGGAGACUCCCGUCCCCGCUUGGUCCUUCCCUCUCUGCUCCCCCAGGACCUCUCUCGUUUCGACUUUGAUGAGUGUGAGGCAGCGACCAUGCUGGUCUCCCUGGGGGGCUCCCGCUCAGGCACACCCUCAUUCUCCCCAAUUUCCAAUCAGUCGCCAUUCUCCCCUACCCCAUCACCCUCACCCUCCCCGCUCUUUGGCUUUCGGCCUGCCAAUUUCAGCCCCAUCACUGCUCCCGCCUCACUUACUCCACGCCGCCAUCGCCAGCUUAGUGGCACUAAGAUGGGCACGCCAGGUGUUGAGCGAGAGCGCCACCUGUCGGGUAUUGUGCCCACUUUUCAGACCAACCUCACUUUCACAGUCCCCAUGAGCCCCAGCAAGAGGAAGCUUGACAGCCACCCGCCUCCUCCGCUGCCUGCAGUCCAAGAUUGCCAGUCCAAACCUGAGCAGCAGCAGCUGGUGGGCUUAGGGGGAGGGAUGGUGGGAGACACACUCCUGGGCCACAACCCAGCUGCAUUCAGAGUCCUCUCCCCUCAAAGUCAGCCCACAACACCCUCCUCACUUUCCUUCCCCCGGCCUCGUAGCGCCACCAGCAGACCACCAUCCUCUGCUGCCUCCACGCCUCCACCCAUGCUGGUCUCUCCCACUCCUCCCUCCCCGUUGCCCCAGGAACCCUCCCCGCGCCGAAUCGUGCCCCUCCGCGAUUCUCCGGUCAUUGUCCGUAACCCAGAUGUCCCCCUGGCCAAGUUCUCUGAUGGUCCAUUAGGAAGGAGAGAGAGGAGCCGGUCCAGAGAGCACAGCCAGCCCCAACAUACAGCUCCAGGCCUGCAGGUCCCUGUCCCCAUCAACGGGGCUACCACCAAUGGUGCAGUUCUCCUGCGCAACCCCACAUCCACACUUGUUCUGGUCACCUCCAGCUCGUCCCUGGCUCCAGCCACAGCGGGCCACACUGCCCUGUCCAGCCCCUCCACCCCAGGAUCGAUGCCCACUUCAUCGGGCUCGAUCCUCUCCUCCUCUGGCUCCGGAGGCAGGGAGAGGGAGAGGAAACCCGAGGGACACCAGGAUGCCUCUGGAGGGGCGCUGCAACAGCCAGUAGCCUGUCACCCGACGCCAACUGCCCUGCUGCCGCUCAUACUGCCAGCUGAGUCGCCUCACCCUGCUCCACGCAAGCAAAUCAUCAUGGGACGGCCAGGGACUGUUUGGACCAACGUGGAGCCGCGGUCGGUGCCAGUGUUCCCUUGGCAUUCGCUCGUCCCUUUCCUGGAGCCCAGCCAAUCAGGAGCGGCUGCCCAGCCUGCUGAUGGCCAACAGCUUGUCAAUCAGAGCAAAGAGCCUCGUUGUGGUGUGGCCCUAGUGAGCGACGGGCGAACCGGUCCUCCGGACCUCGAGAGGGGAUCGCCGUCACGCCCUCCCCCGACCAAUGACAAUCCUCCUACAGACAGGGGCGGGGCUGACAGCGAGACAGAGAGCGACACAGAUGACCCUUUCUCUCCGGGUGUGGCCAGCGAUCCAGCGCCCUCCUCUGGCCCCAUGAAGAGACGCACACAGUCCCUCAGCGCCCUGCCUAAGGACGGAGACAGGAAGAGGGAGAAGGACCACAUCCGCCGUCCCAUGAAUGCAUUCAUGAUCUUCAGUAAACGCCACCGCGCCCUGGUGCACCAGCGACACCCCAACCAGGACAACCGGACAGUCAGCAAGAUCCUGGGGGAGUGGUGGUACGCUCUGGGGCCCAACGAGAAGCAGCAGUACCACGAUCUGGCCUUCCAGGUAAAAGAGGCCCACUUCAGAGCCCACCCAGACUGGAAGUGGUGCAACAAGGACCGCAGGAAGUCACUGUCUGAGGGCCGUGGGACGCCAAAGGAGUCACGGGAAAGGAGCAUGUCGGAGAGCAUAGAUCCCCAUCCAGAGUCCCAGGUGCUCGAGGGGAAGGGAGGAGGCUCGGGCUGGCCAGGGGGAUCGGAGCGUCAAGGGGGGCUGUUUGCAGGGCAGCACCCUCGUCCCCGAGCCUUUUCCCAGAGUGCCGUGCACACCCUGGAGCAGAGAGAGAGGGAGAGAGACCUGGAGAAGGAGGACGGGGCGAGUUUGUUUCGCCACCGGACGCUGCCUCAGUCUUUGUACCAGGGCGGGGUCAGCGAGGAUGUGACGAGUGACGAAGAGCGCAUGGUCAUCUGUGAGGAAGAGGGGGACGAUGAUGUCAUGGAGGACUCCUGUCCUGAGGGCUCCAUUGACCUCAAGUGUAAAGAGAGAGUGACGGACAGCGACGAAGACGAACCGGAUGGACAGCAUGGCUUCCAGCCAGUGGCUCGCUCUUCUCUCCCCUCUUCCUCUCCCUCCAUCCCUCACUCUGAUUCCACCUCAGCUAAAGGGAAUGCAGGAGGAGGUGGAGGAGGAGGAGGAGGAGGUGGUGGUGAAGAGGGCUCUGAGAGGAAGAGAAAAAGAGCUCCAGAUGGAGGAGAGGAGGGGAGCGAUGGAGGAUCCAAAGGAGAAGAAACAGCAGCAGGUGUAGGAGAAGGAGGUGGAGGAGGCGGGCAGGGUGUCUCCUCUCUGUCCAUCGCUGGCUUGACAUCCAACGCCCAGACUCCCAUCGCUUUGGCCCAGCAGGGUUCAACCCAGGUCCUCAGUGGUGUCCGCAUGGCUCCCACCAUGGUGACCAAUGUUGUACGACCCAUCGCCAGCACCCCCAUCCCCAUCGCCAGCAAGCCAGUGGACGGAGCCGUCACCCUCAGUUCCCUGCCCCAGGACAAGAAAGCCGCUAUCCUGAUUGGAGGAGGUGGACCUCAGCAGCUGCCAAUCACUGCAGGGGGUGGGUACCUGUCCUCAUCCUCCUCUCCCAGUCCAGUCAGUGUCAGCCCUUUGGGGAGCAGCGGCCUGGUCACUAACCUGGUGCUGGGAGGGUCCUUCCCCGCUGCCCAACCAGUGCAGCUCCUCACCCCGCAGCCGCACGCACAAACCCCCCUACCUGUCCUCCAGCCCCAGCUCCACCCCACUGCCGCCACCUCCUCCCUCACCCCUCCCGCCGGCGCCAAGCCGCUAGCUCAGGUCCAGUACAUCCUGCCUACCGAGAGCCCCUCCUCCCCUCAACUCACCCACCAGCAAAUUCUCUCCCUGCCCACCAAUGCCGCCGUGGCCAAUGGCGUGCACUCGGGGGCGGGAAUCAGAGUUGCAUCAGUCAGCCCCGGGACCAGAGUCCAAACCCAGUCGCCUGUCUUGCAGAGCAAGAUGUUGGUUCCCAUGGCAACAGUGAGAACAGGGUCUACUCCUCCUCAUCCUUCCAUUUCCCUGGUCGCUCCGCCUCUUCCUGUGCAGAACGGCCCCGCAACAGCAAACAAGAUCAUCCAGAUCGCUCCCAUGCCUGUGGUUCAGACCAGCGUUCACCCUAACGGCGCAGCAGCAGUGCAUCCUGGGAGCCCCUUUCCUGUUUCCAUGGCAACGGUGAUGACUCCCGGUGCCGCACCCCCACAGACCGUUCUUCUGACCUCUCCACCCACCAGGAUCACUUAUGUCCAGUCUGGCCCGGGAGUCACCACAGUCCAACAGGCCACAGCCGCACCAGGCCCGGCUUAUCUCCCACCAUCUCUGGCAACACUGGGCUUCACCGCCAUCGCCCCGGCCGGACAAACCCUUGUUCAGCCGAUGGCCGGUCAGCCGCCACUGUUAGCUCAAGCCCCACCCCUGAGCUGUCAAUCGCAGACCCCUCCAGGUCAGGCGUCAGGAGCCGCUGGUCGUCAGGUACUAACUGCCAUCUACCCCGCACCGACCGUUGCACUGGCUACUGGCGUGGUCUCUAUGACAACCAUGCCACCCGCAGUGGCCGCCCCAGCCCAGGACAUUAUGAACCCUUCCUCUCCGUUGGCGACAGGGGUGCAGGGUUCAGCGGUGGCACCCUCUCAUCCUAAUGUUGCAGUCGAGCUGGAGCCUAAGGUGGAGGUGAAGAGGGAGAGCCAGCUGGACUGUCAGGCUGAGGACGGAGGAUACGCGUGGUCAAGCUGUGCUGCCACCACAGCAGUAAAAAAAGAGGAGGACACUGGCCUGUACAUCAAAGAGGAAAAUCUGAGAGAUGGACACUGCCAAGAGACACGAAGCGAGAUGGACAGAGAGCGAGAGAGAGGGAUGAAGGAGAACAGUGAGAAGAAGGGAAGCAGAGAGACAGGCAGAGAUGACCACAGCAUGGGUGACAGCAGCAAAGAGGCUGGACCUCGUUCCCUUCCUCCACCACCCUCAGGUUUGGACCCUCCUCCACCUCCCCCUGCGGAAAGAGACCCCCCCACUUCCUCAAAGAAGACCAAGUUCCGACCCCCACCGCUCAAAAAGACACCUGACUCCUUCGAUAAGAAACACAGCGGUGUGAGUACGGAGAUGUAUUUCGAGGAGCGUUUCGCUGAGCUUCCAGAGUUUAACCCAGAGGACGUCCUGCCUUCGCCCACUCUGCAGAGUCUGGCCACCUCGCCAAGAGCCAUCCUGGGAAGCUACCGCAGGAAGAGACGCAACUCCACCGAGCUAGAGGUGACAGCAGAAGACCCCAGCUCCCCGAGGAGAAAGACCCGUCGUCUCUCCAGCUGCAGUUCGGAGCCCAACACCCCCAAAAGCGCCGCCAAGUGUGAAGGAGACAUCUUCACCUUUGACAGAGCAGGUACAGAAGGAGAGGAUCUUCUAGGAGAUUUGGACCGGGUCCCUUACUCAUCUCUGCGUCGAACUCUGGACCAGCGCCGGGCCCUGGUAAUGCAGCUGUUUCAGGAUCAUGGCUUCUUCCCCUCAGCUCAGGCCACUGCAGCCUUCCAGGCGCGCUACUCAGACACCUUCCCCACCAAGGUGUGCCUGCAGCUGAAGAUCCGCGAGGUGCGUCAGAAGAUCAUGCAGACAGCCACGCCCGGAACCAUCGAGCCUGGAGGGUCAGCUGAAGCCAACCCCGCCCCGUCCCACAGCUCCUCUUUCAAUCAAUCAUCCCAGGAGGACGGAGGGGCGGAGCAACAAGGAGACAAAGGAAGGAGCCCGGAGGAGCCGAAAAGUGAAGGAUCCUAAGCUGGAGAGGAUGACAAAGUGUGAAUAUCAAGGAAGAAGGAAGAAGAGAGAGGAGUGUGUCAUCCCCGCAGAAUGUUCUUGUAUGUGUUGCAGCAGCGGGAUCCGUUUUUCUGGCACUAAUCUCCGCCAGACCUGGGCAGGAAUACAUUUGAAUAUGGUCACAAAUAUUCAGACUACUCAAGGUGCGCUUGAUUCGUCUAAUCAGACGUUUAAAAAAAAGCCUCAAAAGUGGUAAAAUCACAUGCAAGUCCUGAUGAGUCAAGUGCUUCUUGUAGUAUCGUUUUCCCUUUUUGUUCCCCAAUUAUCCAGAAUAUUUUCAGUUACCAAGUCGCCCAGGUCUGCUCUCAGCACAUUUGUACAGUAGUUUGUAGACGGACACACAAACUCUGUGGUACACUCUUCUCUCUGGCACACACACACACACACAUACACACACAAACCAUGGUGCAUACGUAAUCUCCAGCAUGCACAUGAUCCCACACACACGCACACACACCCUUACCAAAUCAGACUGUUACUCUUGGUUGGCAGUCCCCAGGAGCCGCCACCAAGGACCAUGACACACAAAGGCACUUUGUCACUUAUUGUGCAGAUGCAGUUUGCUGUUGCCAGCCAGCCAGCCAGCCAGCCAGCCCUCAGAUGCCAUUGACUUGACCUCCUUCUCGCCCUUCCACUCCUCAGCACAGUGGUCGGGACACAAACACAACCCCAACGACCUCCACCAAUAUUCCACAGCCCCUCGAUGCUGCAAGACAGACAGCACACACACACACAUAUAUAUACAGUACACAUACACACACACACGCAGUGCAUGGACACAUCUGUGCAGUGUGAGCACUCGUACACAAACACAGUCAACCCUGGUGUGACCAAGCCAUCGGCCUGCACAGUUUUUAGUGAUUGUAGUGAGAAGAGAAACUGAAAGCAUGAAAUCUAUUCGCUCCUGACAAACAAAAGAAGGCAGGAGCUGGGAUGUAGUGUGACCAAUCUUUGCACCUUCAGUUAUUGCCAUUAUGAAAGACUGAGUCCUCAAUGGCGGGAGCUGAUUAUAAAUGUCUGUAUGUCUGUUGGGGUGCCCUCCCCAAAACCUGUGUGAACAGGCACCAUAAAGAGAUUAUGUAAAGAGACUUUUGGUUGUGAGGCUUUGAAGAUUCAACGUAAAGUUCGACACUGACCGCAGAGAAAUGGCAGAAGAAGAAACUUGGAUGACGCUCAUUGGACGGAAGAAUCAUAUUCCAACUAUAGGAAGACAAAUAAAAAUAGUGAAUAAGGACACCAACAACAGAGAGAAAAAGUAGAAUUUUAACCAAACUUCUCUGAAUCUCCCAGUGGAUAUAAUGUUGCUUUCUCUCGUUAUCGUUGCCGUGGAAAUAACCAGUUUUACCGUGGCCUGUUUUUCUCUCGUGGCUCUAUUGUGUUUCUUCUCCAGCAUAAAAAAAAAUCACAACAAAAAAAAACAAAAAAACUUUGGACAAAGAAGGGGACAAAAUCAAUCUGUGGCCCCCCGACUUUUAAUUGUACCUGGGGCGGUUCUCGCCUCCCCCUUCCCUACUCUACGAUUUCUCACCAGACACAGAAGUGGGGGAGCAGGGGUGUUUGUCGUUUUGUAAAACGCAGAAAUCAGGUGUUUGCACAAUUUGUGCGGCCCUUCUCGUGUGGGACCGCCGCAAGUAAAAUCAGGAAAGUAUUGUUUUUAGAGAUUGUUUUAGUAGAAAAAAUAAUAACCUUGUUCUGUAUGUUAACAACCACAUUUCUCCUCCCCUUGUCCUUCCUCCUUUCAACCCGUUUCUCCUCAAUCCUCCGCUCCCAUCUUUACCUCACCCAUCUCCCUCAAACCCCCUCAAGUGUUGUUAGAAAGUGCCCUUAAGCACUGGUCCCGGGUCAAGCGCUAUGUAGCUCAGGAUGGCUCUGGUUAGGGUUAGUUCAGGGAAAGCCGAUCCUAGACCAGCCCUGGAGGGCAGUCUCUGGAGCCCUCCCCUCUUCCCUCUCUUCUCGACACUUUAUCCUUUCCCGUCAAAUGGUGCAAUAGGACUUUUUGUUUUUUUUGUUUUUGGAAAUGGGUGGGUUAUUUUGUUUCUGGGGGAAAGGCUCUGUGCCAUAGAUAUUAAAUCAGUGCAGUCAGUCAGUGAGAGGAAUGAGCUGUUGUGAUACUAUCUUUAACUAUGGUAUAAAACAAAACAAAAAAGAAUCACACAAUUAUUGUUAUUGUUGAAGAGAUAGAGGGUAUAACUUACUAAAAGUCAAAGACAACUUUUGAAUAGCACUUUUUGGCUCUUUGCUUCCUCGGUGAAGAGUGGGGGUAGUUAUUACUAUGGGUAUCUCUUUUUGUUUCUCUGUAUACAGUUGGAUGUGUGAAAAAAUAUAUAUACCGGUAUUUCCAUAUAUGUGCAUUUAGGUCUGUGUUCGGGUGUGUGUGUAUGUUUUGGCACAUGCAGGUAGUGUCUUAACACAACCAACCUCUUGUUCUUUAUCCACACAGCAACAUUAUCAAUAGUAUAUUUUUCAUUGUAUUCUACAUUCUACUCUAGAGACAGUAUUUUUAUAGUCACCAUGACUAUUUUGUCCACCAUUUUGACUGUUAUCAAACCCAGUUGAUUCAGGAUAUAUAUGAAAUAUAUAUUCAGGAUAUAUUAUAUAUAAAUAUAAAUAUAUAUAUAUAUAUAAACACACACAGGUAACAGAAGACUAUCAAUCCACAUCUCUUUGGGGUUAGGGCUGUCCAUCUGCAUGCAUGUGCAAUCACAUGCACGCGUGCACACACCCACACAGACAUAUGUGCAUACACACACACGUAUGCGUGUACACUGUAUGAUUGUGCUUAAAAAUAAACUGUCCUUACUUUGGAGAAGGAAUUUUAGGAUGAGCGAGGCGAGUGUUAUCUCAUAAGCAGGCAUGUUGACCAUGUGCAAUAUUUCUAAACAACAACAAAAAGACUAAAUAUUGAAAAUAUUAAAGAUCUAACACAA